AUGACUUCGUCUGAUAUAACAGCAUCUACUCCUAUUAUUAUGGUUCCAACUGAACAUUUAUCUUCACUUAAUGGUGGAUCUGCUGUUACUGUGAAACCUAUAACACGAACAAAUAAUCAUGUUAGUUGUGGUGAAAUGAUGGAAUCAACUAUUAAUGCAAUAACUCAAGAAGCAAAAGCAUUAUUUACAUUUCAUCCACAAGAAUGGAUCAGUGCAUUUCGACCCAAUCCAAAAUUUCCAUUAUUUGUUGUUGGUGAUAUCGAUGGAUUUGUUGCUUUAUUCAUGAAUAAUUUAGCAACAUUAUUAGCUGUUAUUCUUGGUCUUAAAAUUGUAUUUGACGAUGCAUUUAUCUAUGGAAAAAUUGUUCCUGGUGUAUCACUAUCGAUGUUGUGGGGAAAUUUAUAUUAUGUAUAUAUGGCAAGAAAACUUGCUUAUAGAGAAAAUCGUGGUGAUGUAUGUACAAUGCCCUAUGGUAUUAAUACGCCAGGAGCAUUUGCAUUUAUUUUCAGUAUAAUAUUACCAACUUAUUCCAGUUGUAUGAAGAGUCGUGAUGAUCCACAUUCAUGUCAAAACUUAGCAUGGCAUGUGGCAUUGGCGAGCAAUUUUAUGACAGGAAUUAUUCUUCUUGUAUUAUGUUUUGUUGGAGAAUUUAUUCGACGAAAUACUCCUAGUGUAGCACUUCUUUCAUCAAUAUCUGGUAUUGGAUUUACAUAUUUAGCAUUGAAUGAAUAUUUACCAGUAGCUGCAUCACCGAUUGUAUCGUUUAUUCCAUUUGCGAUAGUUAUGCUUGGUUACUUUGCUGGAGUUAAAUUUGGUCCAGUUCCAGUUGCAUUUGUUGCCCUUGUUGUAGGUACAAUUCUCGGAUGGGCAACAUCAUUAAAUCAUGGAAGUGAUGUAAAAGCAGCAGCAGCAGUUAUUAAACCUUAUCCAUUAGUAUUUCCUAUUCAAGAAAUGUUUGCACAUAUAAGUGAAAUAACUCCUUAUUUAUCAACAACAAUUCCAACAGCUAUAUCAAUUGCUAUUGGAACAAUACAAUGUGUUGAAUCAGCUAAAAGAGCUGGAGAUUUUUAUCCGACUCGUGAAUCAAUGUUCGCAGAUGGAAUUGGAACAUUAAUUGCAAGUUUUUUUGGAUCAAUUCUUGGAAUGACAACAUUUAUUGGUCAUCCAGCUUUUAAAAAAAUGGGUGCUAAACAAGCUUAUUCAAUAGCUAAUGGUAUUGCCUUUUUACCGUUAUGUUUUUUUGGUAUUAAUGCAUUACUAUUAUCAAUUAUUGCUAUUGUUUCAGUCAAUCCAAUUAUUAUAUUUAUUGGUUUGGUCAUUUGUGCUGAUACACUUGUAAUAACACCACAACGUCAUUAUCCAGCAUUUCUUCUUGGUCUUAUGCCUAUUGUAGCUGAUUGGGCUAAAGGUACAAUAGUAAGUGGUGUUUCAGGUGCUUAUAGACAAUUUGUUGAAAAUACUACGGAUUUUGAUCGUAAUAUUACUGCACAUAUAGAUGCCUUUUCAUAUCGUGGUCUUUUAAAUUUCUCUGGUGGAAGUCUUCUUCAAUGUAUAUUUAUAACAGCUAUAUUUAUGUAUAUGAUUGAUAGAAAAUUUAUUCGAGCAGCUAUAUGGUCGGCAUUAGCAUCAAUGUUUGCAUUUUUUGGUUUAAUUAAUGCUCCAAGUGUUGGAAUUUUAAUAAAAAAAGAUGAUGAUGGUUGGAAAUUUACUGUUGCUUAUAUGAUGUUAGCAGUUUUCUUUGCUUGCUUUGAAUUUGCUCAACGACGACGUUGGGUGAAACAACCCGAAACAGAACCCGAUGAUUUAUCUUCGAUAGAAUGGGCCGAAUGGAAUCGACAAAGAUUAUUAGAAGACAAUAAUAUCAAUGAAGAAAAUAAUAUCAAUGAACAAACUGUUUAA